CCACAAACAGCCUCAGGUCAGAGACCAGAGGACCGACAGGCACAGACUACAUCCACACAUGCAGCGCAGCAAAGCUUGAUGUCUCACCAGCAGGGUGCCCAAGAAAAGCCGCCUUUCCUGAGGCCGCCACCUGCACCUGUCUCUACCCCACCGGCAAAUUAUCCACCUCUGCGCUAUUGCCACGGAGACCUGGGGCAAGUGAACACGCACUGAGAUGUUUACGAAGGACUUUCACACAAAAAUAUGAGAGCAUCUGAAAAACAUGUGGAUCACUCUGUUUCUUGUGCUUGUUUUUUGUACAGCAACCCUCUCCUCAAUCCCAAACCCCAUCAACGUCACCUUCGCUUCUGAAAAUUUUAGAAAUAUCCUGAAAUGGUCUCCAGGUUAUGGCACUCCAGCUGAUACCAAGUACAAUGUGCGCUAUGCAAUAUAUGGGGACAGUUUGGACAGGCGGGCUCACUGGAGACUUGUCCAUCAUUGUACUGAGAUCUCAAGGACCUGGUGCGACCUGAGUGUGGAGACAUCUGACCUGGAGCAUGGAUACUUCGCCAAAGUCCGUGCUCUGAGCCAGAAGAAACACUCAAAAUGGGUAGAGACACCCAGCAGAUUUGAUCCUAAGAUUGAGACUGAAUUUGGCCCUCCGCAUGUUUCUGUGGAAGUUGAUGACAAAUAUGCACUUAUCACAAUGGAAGGACCAAUGAGAUACCACCCUGACAACCACACCCCACAAGUUUCCAUGGCGACACUAUACCCCCACAUGACCUAUAACCUCUCUAUCCACAACACUCGCACUGGAAUGAUUCGACACUUCACAUGGGGAAGAAACCUGUUCAAGUAUCAUAUCGUGGAUAAAGGAACCGAAUACUGUUUCUCUGCCAAAACAAAACUAGAGGACAGGCAUGUGCCCUCCAAACAUUAUUCCUCUCCGUGGCAGUGCAUCUCCACACCUGAAGAUCCACUCAUUGACCAAGCUGAGAAAAUGGUUAUCUACACAACAGUUCCAGUGGUGUUCUUGCUGUCUUCACUGGCUGUAGGCGGCUACAUCCUCCACAAGUAUUUGUCGGGAAAAGACCAGAAGAGCCCUUACAUGCUGAAUCCGCCCACUUUCCACGCUUCGCUUUUGCCGAUACCUGAUGAUUUAAACAUUUUUGUCAUCUCGGUUGUUAAAGAGGUGCCACUAAACACUUGUACAAAAUUACUGUCACUUGUAUCAAAUCCUAGCCCUGAGCUUCAGAGACCCAGAGCCCCACCCCUUGUUGCUAGACGUAACUCAUCGGUCGACUAUGGGGUUGUGUCUCCGACUGUUGAAGAAGUGGACAUGCCAGAUGCUGGAAUAUGUCUGAUUGGAAGAUACAAGCAAAAAGAGUGGCCAAUUGAACCUGGAUCUUCUGGGAGACCUUAUGCUUCCCAAAACUUUUUCCUGAAAUCAUUGUCAUCAUCAGUGUAUCCAGCAUUACAGAAUACAUUGGGAGAAAAUGACCGAAGUUUAAGCCUACAAGAAAAUUCAGAAACAGGCACUUUGCUAUUACAAUUCAACCAAAAUCAGAGUUCAAAUGUUAAUGAUGAGGCAAAUGUCAUUAGUUCUACUGGUUACGCCACUCAAAAUGUCUGCCCCGUACCGCCAACUAACCAAUCAGAUGCCUUGGCAGAUGAUUAUGGUUUAGCAUGUGGUUUGCCUCCAGCAGACGACACAGAAGACAUGGAUUCUCAAGAUCAGGACGACGAAGAUGCUGAUUGUCUUCAUCUCGACUGGAGUCCCACCAGUCAGAUAUUAACAAUACCAGGUUUUGAUUUGGGGAUUGGACAGAGGGAAAGAGGAGCACGGCCUAAUUUGGAGACUGUAUUCGUGAGGCAGCCAUCAGAAGAAGAUGCGCUGUUAGAUGCAGAGAGGAUUGGGAGUGAUCAGUCAGAGACAGGGAAAUUUUUGGCAGAGUGGGACCUCAUUGUGUCAGAUGAGUAAAAUUAAAGGUGCACAAUGUAACUUUUUUGCUGGGAGAUCCACCAUGUGCUUGUCUCCUGGAGCUGUUUUUUAAUUACUCUUAUCUCGCCAGUAUGUAUUCAAUCACAGGUGUAUUAUUUAUUGCCAAAAAAUGCUAAAAAAAAUACACCUGCAGUCUUAUUGUGAUUGGGUGUGCAUGGCUCUCCCCAGAUCUGACCUGUAACUUGGUCUGGUCGCUUGCCUGCCUAAAUUGACAUAGACACGUUGUAAUAUCUUACUGUGGAACAUUUAAAGCAAAGCAUGCAGAACAAAAGGUUACAUUGUGGACCUUUAAAGUUAUUAAUUCAUAUACAGUAAGACAUAUUGUCUAUUCCAUUGUCUUUACAAAGUGAUCAUUGUUUAAUGCCAGUUUGAGCUGAAUCAGAGAGCAUUUUGCCUCUCUUUACAGUAUAUUUUAUUGCUCUUAUAUUUAUCGUUCUAACCUGGGUAAAUAUAUUACUUUGAACACUUUACCUCAGCUUAAUAUUAUCUAAAACUCAAGCACUUAAGUAAUUCUGUAGGGCUGAAUAUUGAUUAUAUUUUUGUAUUUUGAUGCAUUUAUCACAAGUCAGUAAUAUAUUAUUCCCAAAUGAAGGAGCUUAGCUAAUUAGCAAAUUUAAUGUUUGCUUAUUCUAUAUUUCAAAUUCUACAUGUUGCAUUACAGUUGUUUUAACUGUUGAUGUUUAUGCUGUAUGUUAUAUUAUUAUUUUUGCUACAGUUAUGUGGUGUUAUCUGUGAAUUUUUUGAAUGAAGAUCAGGAGCACUUUAUUAUAUUUUAAUCAAAUAAUAACCUACUAAGCCUUUUGACAAAUUAGUUAUUAUUUACUUACCUUUUGAAAUGGCUCUACCUUUUAUUUGUGUUAACAUUGUUCGUAGUAUGUGGUUGUUGUGCAUUUUGUCUUGUUACACUUCCAUUUACUCCUGAAUUAAUGACCCAUGUUUAUUGUUUAAAAGUGUACUAUAAAUGAAUCAUCACAAUA